CAUCCUUAUUCACGAGCUAUGAACGGCGACCUGAGCCUGUCGCGCUCGCUCGGUGGUCUGCGCAUAGCCAAUCCCGACAGCGAUGACGACCAAGAGACUCCCACAACCCACCAACCCCAGACGCUGCCACCACGAGUUCAGACGCAGACCCAAGUCCAUACACCGCCGCAUACCGCCUCGGCCCUCGACUCUUCCAACAUCACCGCCGCAAGUCCUAGCCAGCAACCUCGCUCAACCCCUUCGACCCCCGACGACCGACCCACCGUCUCCUCGCACUCGUCGGGCAGCACCAUCACCAACCUUAAUCACUCGCGUGGCUUGUCACAGCUCUCAUCAAUACACCCGCCCGACCACGACUCGCAUUCCCAAUAUGCUGCCUCGUUCCACUCCAACGCUCCCUCACAUUCCGAUUAUGCUCCCAGUCACCUAGCCUCCGCCGACCCCUAUAAUUCCACCAGGCCCUACCGAGCAGCUUCGAGUGACUCUGACCAAGUCUAUCGCCAACGUGCUGGCUCGUACGAGGCUCAGAUGCCUCAAUAUCCUCAACACUCAACCAUCCCCUCCGCACGCAUGUCCAACAUGUACACACACCAGAACGUUUCGAGUACCUCUGCUCUUUCCCAGGCUUCGUCAUACAGAUAUCGUGACGACAUCUCUUCACAAUCUGGAUUGGCUAGGAGUGCUUCGCGAGCUGCGGCCGCUGCCAUGGCUGGUCAGCCGCCUGUUCGCUCUGCCAGCCGAACUUACCGUGGUCCUGAUGGCCAGAAUGUCAUGCCACCCAGAAGAAGUUCUAAGCGUGUUGUCUCUGGAUACGGCCCUGGUCCAUCAGGAUCUGUGUAUAGCAUCGAAGGCGGCCCGCUACCCAGUAGUGAGGAGUGGAAGGAGCGUGGGGCUGCAGUCGCUACCAGACAAGAAGUCGAUCAGAACGGGAGACCUGUUUCCAAGAUUGUCAAGAAGGGGGUGAACGACUUCCACUUCGGCCGCACUCUGGGGGAGGGUUCAUACAGCACGGUUCUUGCUGCGACUGACCGUCAGAUCCAUCGUGAGUAUGCUGUCAAGGUUCUUGACAAGCGCCACAUAAUCAAGGAGAAGAAGGUCAAGUACGUCAAUAUUGAGAAGGAUGCUCUCAAUCGACUCACUGAACACCCUGGUAUCGUGCGUCUGUACUACACAUUCCAGGAUGAGCGCUCACUGUAUUUUGUGCUUGACCUUGCCAAUGGCGGCGAGCUGCUUGGUCACCUGAAGAAGAUGGGCACUUUCGACGAAGACUGCACACGGUUUUACGGUGCCCAAAUUCUCGACUCAAUAGCGUACAUGCACUCGAAGGGUAUCAUCCAUCGAGACCUCAAACCGGAAAACGUCCUACUCGAUGAGCAAAUGCAUACCAAGAUUACCGACUUUGGAACCGCCAAGAUUCUUGACAUCAAGUCCGCUGGAGGCAGUGGAAACGACGGUCCAGGCUCCGGUGAUCCCAUGGACGGCGCCGAGCAAGAGAGAGCGGUAUCUUUUGUUGGCACUGCAGAGUAUGUCAGCCCUGAACUGUUGACUGAUAAGAAUGCCUGCAAAGCAAGUGAUCUAUGGGCUUUCGGCUGCAUCAUGUAUCAGUUGCUCGCUGGUCGCCCACCAUUCAAGGCUGGCAACGAGUAUCAGACGUUCCAAAAGAUUGUUGCCUUGGACUACCAUUUCCCAGAUGGCUUUCCUGGUGUGGCGCGGGACCUUAUAGAAAGACUGUUGGUCCUCGAUCCAUCCAAGCGUCUACCUAUCGAACACAUCAAAUCGCAUCCUUUCUUCGAGGGGAUUCAGUGGGGCAAAGGUCUAUGGAAGCAAAAAGCGCCACGUCUUCGGAGUUACAUGCCUGGUCCNUCUCAGUCUCAGCCCAUUAGACUUAAUGGUGGAGAUACUAUAGGCUCAGCACCUGCUCCCACAAUCCCAGGCAUCCCGACCGUUGGGAUCCCAAGCUCGCAUGCAGCUUCACCGCCAACAGCUCAAUCCGUACAACAGAUGCCUCGGCCACAAUUAAGAGCUAUAACCGAGCUAGCUCCUCCCAGCCAGCUUGACAUCGACUGGUCGCCUGUGCUAACCCGCAACAACGAACGAAUAAUAAAGCUGGGCAAUCUCAAUGUCAUCUCUUCUCCUGCUCCUCACAGUCCUACAUCGAGAGGCACCGAAGAAGCAUCGAGAAAAUUCUCAAGAUUCUUUGGUGGGGCCACGACCAAGAAACGCCAACGACUUGUUAUGAUAACUUCUAAUCCCCGGGCAACCACAUCGGAUCCCGAAGGCUCCAAGUACUCUACCCAAGAGUGGAUGGAAGCUAUCGACCGCGCUAAAGAUGUGGCACUGUCGCAAUCCAUCGCAAACUCGUACUCAGGCGAGUCUCAGUAUGGCGAUCUGGCAUCGACCAUGUCUAGCCCCACUAGUGCCAGUGGUGGUGAUGGUGGGGGCGAACAGCAGUCCAUCCACUCUGUACGAAACACCCUGCGCAAGGAGCCGGGAGACAAUGAGAGUGUCAAGAGUAGGAAACCACGUUUCAGCAAACGACACUCCAAGAGCGGACUGGCGGCUGUCUUCUGA